GGAAAGGGGAGGCAACUGGAAGAAAACAACAUCAGCAGCCUGCAGGUUGUGAAACUGAAAGGACUUUUAUUACUUCCUGAUCACCCAUAAGAGAAUACAUUACUUAAAAAUUGAUCUAAAAACUAUUAUCCAGAUAUAAACAGAACAACUGACACAAUGCUUGAACAGUGUGAUUAAAAUAAUGAUCAGAUAAUCAAUGUAUUGACCUGACCACCCCUCUGAUGCCAUAAUGGAACAGUCCAUUUGUUACAGCAACUUGCCUUAUGGAUAGAGCAUCAUCAAUGACAUAAACUAGAAGAUGUUACUGAUGAAAGCAAGGGCAGUCUGAUGGAAAAUAGGUAAAGAAAUAAAUGGACAAAGAGCGACCAUCAACAAUCAAUGACAGAAAUAGUAGUCGAAAAUCGUCCAUUUCAAAAUCUGCUAAUGAGAAAACUCGAGAUUCUAGUGACCGAUCAACAUCAAGAAACAGAAGUUCCUCUCUCGAUAGACGGAAAAAAUCUACUAGAAGGUCUGAAGAAGUUCAUGCUCAUAAGGACUCUGAUUCAACUUCAGAAUAUUAUAAUAAUGAAACAAAAGAUGAAAAUCGUAGACUCAGUCAGUCACAGGGUAGACCUGCAUCAAGGUAUGGGUCUACAGAAAAACUACUGCAGGGUCAGGAAUACAUGCAAACUAAAACAAAAAAGCAACAUUCAGAAGACAGAAGAAGAAAUUCACAGUCUGAAGACAGGAAAAGAAGUUCCAAACCAUCAGGAGGUGAUGAGGACAAAAAAAGUAGACAUAGCAGUGGAGGCAGUCGUAUUUCUUUCCAAAAAUUGCCAAAAAUCAGUGAUAAUGAUUCAGCAUCAAAAUAUGAAAUCUCUAAUGAGUAUCCUAUGUCUGAUAUGUCAAAUAACCCUCCUACUGACCAUCAGCAUGUACGAAUGGUUAAAAGCAAAUCUGAUGACAAUGCCUCAGCCCAUACAAUCAGUAAUAGCAAUUCUGGAAGACAUAACUCAAAAACAUCAUCAGAUGUCAAAAGGUCAAAAACGAUCGAAAGCUCCAUUCCCAAUCAAUUUAAUAAAAAUGAUUUUAGUAUGCCAAUGUUUUAUGGUGUGAAUUCUGAUCGAGGAAGACAAAAACUUCUGAAUAGCGAUCAUACAAUAAGUCUGUCAAAUGAAUCUGGGACUAGUAACGAUUUAUACAGUAAUGGGAGUAUGUCAGGCAUACCAGAUCAGAGUCGACAGUAUCUUUCAAUUGAUAUGGAAAGGUUAAAACAUCAGAAGAGUGAAGAAGAUUUAAGUAUAGCUACAUUAAGUGGAUAUACUCAUCAUGGACUACGUCAUAGUUUUCCGAGUUCACCAUUCACACAAAUUAUUCCGGUUGAUGUGCCAAAAGGGAAAUGCAAGUUUUUCUACAGCAUUAUUUUUUUAUUUUGCUCAUUGAUAGUGUUUUGUCCUACGUGUGUGCUUUUGAGUGUUCUAUUGCCAAUAAUAUAUUUCAUAAAAAAGUUGUGUUCAUGUUGUUGUUGCUAUGGAAACAAAUGUCAAGCAGGUGAACUGUUGACUAAAAAGGAAAUGCUAGCAUUACGCCAAUGUCAAGGUAAAACUGACAUCUACCAAGCUUUACUCAUUGUCGAAGCUGGUUUGGAUAUACAUCGAAUUCAAGAUCUUAUCAAUGCAAGAAUAGUUUGUGCUGAGGAUGAAGAAGGCAUAAAGUUAUAUCCAAAACUAACCAAAAAAAUAGUUCAAACAUGUUCUGGUCUUGCUUGGGUCCAAGAUACCAACUUUCUCAUGAAAAAUCAUGUUUUUCCUAUGCCUUCCUCGUUAGAAAAUUUAGAGGAUGUACAAGAAUACAUUUCAAAUAGAAGUUCUCGAACUUUGACCUCUGGUCACUCUCCAUGGGAAGUACAAGUUUUACAAGGAUUUGGUGAACACCGUGAUACUAUACUAUACCUCAGAAUUAGUUCUUGUAUAAUGGAUGGCAUGUCACUUAUGUAUGUAUUACAGAAAUCAUUAUCCGAUUCUGGUUACUUGACUGCUCCCAAACUUAAAUUUUCCCGCCAAAAUAUAUUUCUCAAUAGUUUGAAGUCACUAUUUGUAGGACCUUUAGUUUUUAUGCAAAAAUAUUUAUUUAUGAAGAGAGAUUUUAAUAUGUUUCAUGGGGAUCAUGUUCAUAUAUCAGGGAAACAAGUGAUGACGUGGUCUGAACCCUAUGACCUUGAACAGGCCACUCGUAUCAAACAAAUUACCAGAAGUACAAUGAAUGAUAUUCUGUUGUCUGUUACAGCAGGUUGCUUACGGACGUAUUUUAAUCAAAAUGGUGUUUUAAAUCCUUAUGAUAUCAAAAGUAUGAUAGCCGUUCAUUACAAUUCUGGUUGUUCAUAUUACACAACUGAGAAUAACAAUUAUAUACACAUGAGUGUACCUAUACCAACAAAUACCGAGGGAGCUAUUCCUCGUUUAUGGAAAGUUAAACAUAUAAUGGAUAAAUUAAGUUCUAGUGCAUUAUUUUCAGUGACUCGAGGAGCAGUUUGGGUCACGUCAUGUCUUUUUUCCGUUAGUAUAUUUCAGAAAUUUUGGAAUCAUAUUCAUGGUAAAUUUACUUGUGUCAUUUCAAAUAUUCCUGGACCAGAAGGAACUCUGACGUUUGCAUCAAAGCAAAUUAAGUCUGUGAUUUAUUGGGUUCCACAGUUACAUAAUAUGGCUGUCGGGAUUUCAUUCCUUAGUUAUGGACAGUCCAUUCGGAUGGCUGUUGUUGCAGAAAGAUCGGUGCUUCCAAAUCCUGAGGUGCUCACGAGGGACUUCAUUGUGCAGAUGGAUAAAUUAUCAGAAUUACUUGCUCAUAGAAGAAUACCAGGAGAAUAUCUGACAAAGAAAAUAGAGACUUUACAACAGCUUGAUGAUGAAAUACAUUCAGAGCCUUCAGUCCAUCAGCUACAGAUGAAGAUGGCAGUUAUACAACAAGAAAUUCAAGAUCUGAAGGGACAGCUGGAUACUGAUAGUCGUCAGAGGCAUUUCUCUAAAGACCAGAAAAUAGUCAAGAAAAUAGAGAACUUAAAAGAGCAUUUUAGGGAACUUUUGGUUGAAUGUAGACAGAGGAAGGCUGCUGAGAGUGAAAAUGCAAUGAUUCUUACUGAAGAUGAUAAUGAUAUUGAUGAUGACAGAGAAGAUGGAGAAGUUAAGAGACCAUUCCGUAGGAGAACAUUAUCUAUCAGUUCUCGUGUUUCACGUCUGUCUACUGCCUCAGUUUCAUCAACAGCACGGCCACUAGCAGCUACAACACCUACCACACCAAUAGAUUUCCCAGAUGACAUUUCUCAGGAUUCUUUUAGAACUGACGGUACAUCCCACAUCAAUCGUCCUAUAUACAGAAGACAGCAGUCAUCAGACAUGAGAGAUCAAAUGCAAAUACUAGAAUAUGCAUCGUCGCCACUUGCAGAAAGAAGAUUUAGAACAUUUUAGGCAAAUUAGAUUUAUAUGCAUCCUGCCCAUUUAUUGAGUGUAGAUUCAAACAAUUAUAGGCAAAGUCUGUCUGCAAGUAUCCCAAUAGGUUCUUGAAAGGAUGUUCAGAAUAUUUUAGGCUAAAUAAUAUCAUUGUCAUUUUGUUGUAUUCAGCUAUUUUUUUAGGAACCUAUUGAAUAUUUUUUGCUACAAUUAUAAUAUGUGCAUCCUGUUAUCAUCCAUCCAUGUUUACAAAAAAAUUUGUCAAAACAAGAAUAAAUUUUCAGGCCAUUUUAGGCUAAAUCGUAAUAUAUGCAUUCUGUUAGAAUCCUACUGUUUUCAUAAAAAAAAAAAUUCAAACAUUUUGGCUAAAUCAAAAUAUAUGCCUUCUACUGGUUUUAUGGAUGAAUUUUCAGGCCACUUAAUGAAAGAAAAUUCAGAACAUUAUAUGCAAUAUAUUCACUACAUGAAGAUGCUUUUGGAUCAAUUAAGUUUAAAUAUGUGAUGGACAGAAAUACAGUAAGAUGACAGAAAACAAUCAUUUUUAGAUUUUAUUUUUUUUUUCGGGGGGGUGGGGGGGGUAUGCUUACAUUUUCUCCAAUAGAAUAAAAUGCAGUUUUAGCAAAAAUUAAAGUUGAAAAGAAAAAAUUCUUUGAAAUUUACAAAAUAUUAUUACUUGCGGGCAAAACUAGUAUGUCAAAAAUUUUACCUAUUGUAUAAUGAAUUUUUGAAGAUACAUGUUUAAACAUUUGGUUUAUAAAUUAUACAUAUUCAGAAGAUUUCUUUUGUGGUUCAGUAUACAUUUCAAUAUUCAAUUUGUAUCUUAAUUGAAAUGGAAAUUGAAUAUUUUUGUUCUUUGAAAAUCAAAAGAGAAAAUGUUCUAGAAACAAAUCUUUAUAAUUAAACAGAAAAUUGAUGAUGGUAUUAAGAUUUAAUUGUAAUGCAGAUUUCCAUUAAAUUUCAGGAUUAAAUUCAACUCUUUCAUGAAAUUUAAUGCAUCAACAAAUCUGAUUCUUUUUCCUUGCAAGAUUAAAAUCUAGUAAAGAUAAUUGUUUUUCUGUUUUUGAUGACUGGUGGAUUUGUAUUUCAUUCUAACCUACAAACAUUAAAUAAAACAUGUAUUGUACUUUUUGAUUUAUAUAGAAGAUAUUUUUUUUAGAAAGAAUAAGAAAUUAAAAACAAUAUUCAAAAUUACAUAAAAGGAAACUCAUCCAAAAUGCUUUCAAUUAAAAAAAAAAUUAUCUAGUGACAUCAACAAGCAAUAAAUAACAUUGGUGUUACAGUAGCUUAGACUGAUAUCUAUAGGUUGAACUUCUUUAAACUAGACAAUAUAAUUUCCCAUAGGAACUCUUAUAUGUCUAAAACUGUGCCACUUUUAUUAUGAGUUUACAAAAAAAAUCAUAUCCUAAAAUGAAAUGUUCAUAUGCACUUCAUGUAUUUUCAAAGGUCGAAACAUAAGACUUUGACAUAUUUUAAACAUCUUUAUGUAAGGAACUUCUAAGAUAUUAAACUUGUACUAAAAUUCUGUUCUACCCCUCCCUCAAUUUCUAUUUGGCAGCUAUUCAUGUGCAUAACCUGGUAAAACUACUAAGUUGUGUCUUUAUAAGAUGAAACAUAAAGAUCAUAUCUCAGAACUAGUUGGUUAAUAAAACAAAAUAUCUGAAUAUUAUAUAUCUCCGCAAAAGAGGCAUGGUUUGUGAAAGAGCUGUAUUUACACAGUGUAACCUAGAACUUAGAAGUUCCCUCAUCUCUUCAUGAAAUGCAUUUUUUUCCCUCCUGUUCCCUUACUCAAUUGAUAUAUAUACUACCAUUGAUUAAAAUUGAAUAUUUGAACGUUAAUCAACCACCAAUCAAUCAGUCAAAUUGAAUUUUGGACAACUUAUGAAGAUUAGAUGUUAAAUUCUUAUUGAUGUGUAUGACUUUACUAAAUGAUACGGUAUGGGCUUUGCUCAUUGUUGAAGGCCGUACGGUGACCUAUAGUUGUUAAUGUUUGUGUCAUUUUGGUCUUUUGUGGAUAGUUGUCUCAUUGGCAAUCAUACCACAUCUUCUUUUUUAUAAAUGAUGUUGCAAAAACAUUAAAGUUUUAAUUAUUCGAUGUUUGUAUAAUAUAUUAUAUACAUGUACAAACAGAAUGAACUAGAUUGUAAUUAGCUGUAAAUCAUAUGUUGAAACAGUAUGUUAUUUUAUAUUCAUUAUGUCAGAUUAUUGGGUCAAGUGCAAUAGAUUAUACAUUCAGGGCCAAAUGUUUGUAUUUAUAUUCAUCUUGUUGCUGUCAAAACAUUGUUAGGAAAGGGAGACAACUGCAGAAGCUUUUAAUAUUUUAAAAUUGAUUUGUCUCCCUUUAUUAAUAUAAGUCUCACCACUGAAACUAUGAAUGUAUGUCAUUUGUAUUUUCUAAAUUUGAAUUUUGAAUGACCUAAUUUUUUUUCUUGUAGUUUUUAAAAUGUUUGUAAUAAUUGUGAAAUCACAAGCAAGGAUGUGGUGCCAAGUCAGGGAAAGGGUGUGUUGUGUCAAUUCAGUUAACUCGUCAGUUGAUGUCUGUCUGAAGGAAAUGUAGUGUGCCGUGGAAUUAAGAUCUUUGAGAAUCUCGGUAAACUUUUUCACAAUUAUUUUUUUCUUUUCAUGGGGACUUGCAGCUUGCAGUGUUUCAAAGACACUGGUCUAUGUUAUUUCCUAUAUAUGUCUUUUCAUUUUGUGUGACAAUGACAAAUACUCCAUAUCUCUUGAUAUUAGACUUAUUCAUACAAAUAAAAGUUGAUUAGAAACUUCUGUGAGUUUGAUAUUAGAAAAUGGUAUGACUGCUGGUGGACGUUUUGUCCCUGAGGGUAUCACCAUAGUAGUCAGCAUUUCGGUGUUGACAUGAAUAUCAAUUAUGUGAUCAUUUUUAUAAACUUCCUGUUCACAAAACUUUGACUUUUUUUUUAAACUCAGGAUUUUCUCAUUCCAGGAGUAAAUUACCUUAGCCAUAAUUGGCACAACUUUUAGGAAUUUUGGGUCCUCAAUGCCCUUUAACUUCGUACUUGUUUGGCUGUUAACUGUUUUGAUUUGAGCGUCAGUGAUGAGUCUUGUUAAGUAGACGAAACACAGGUCUGUCGUAUUAAAUUAUAAUCCUUGUACCUUUGAUAACUAAUUAUAUAAAUCAAAUAAGAUUUUUUUCAUCCUCUUUAGUAUGCAUUGAACUAAAUAAUUUAAGUGAAAAAUAAAUGACAUUUGAAAGGGAUUAGCAUGUGUGUUCAUAAUGAUAAAUAGAUAUGUUUGUAGAUUGCAGAAGGCAAUCUGGCAUGGGAUACAUGUAUUGUUCAAUACUGAAAUAACUUUGUACAUUAUUACAAAGCUUCCCAACAGUUCACAAGUACAGACCUUUAAUAUUAAAAUGUUAAUGUCAGAUUUUCAUUUAAUAUUUAGUGUCCUUUAUUUGUUUUAUUCUACUGUCAUUUGUUUUAAAAGCAUAUGUAUCAUAACAAGGCACAAUAUCCGGUUACUCAUGUUACUUGCUCAAGGCUAAAAUAUGAAUAGUGCAAAUCUGUGUUUAUUGAGAAUGCAAAAUCUGAUGUUUUUGUCACAAAUAUGUGAUAAAUAUAUAAAUAUAUAGAUAUAGGGAGCUUGAACUAAAAUAAUUUAUGAUUCUAAUGGCUAAGUAUAAAUAGAUCUCAUGUUAGAUUUUUCAAAUGAAAUAAACCAUAUUUAAAGAUUUUUUUUAGCCAGAAAUCUUUUUUUUUAUGUUUUUGUUAAACAAGUGUUCAUAUUCAAUAACAAGAUAUUUUCUUCUGCCGUUUAUAUCCAUUUUACUAGAGUUUUAUAGUGUACAAUUUUUUUUGUAUUGCUUAAAAUGUGCAAUCUGGACUAUUUUGGAUAUUUUUGUCAUAAUAAGUCAUUAAUAAUCAUUUCAGGUAUCCUUUUUUUCUGGUAUUUAAAAAACUGUAAAUUCAGAAGUAAUUGUGUGCAUAUAUUGUUGUGAAUUUGUCAUUUUGGACAAGAAUGCGAUUUUAAUUUUUUGUGAUAUUGAGAAAAAUCCUGUUUAAUUCAUAUAAAAAAUAAAAAUGUGAGUUUAAAUUGUUGCAAAUCUUAGCAAUAAGUUCUGAAUUUACAGUAAUGUUUUUCUUCAGAAAUGAAUGUCCUUCAGGAAUGAGCAACAAGUGAAAGGAGUAUGUUCGAUUAGGUACUAAAAUGGCCUCCUUUUUUAGCGUAAGUUUCAAAUUCGGAUUUAUAGCCCAAUAUCACGAUAAAUUGUAGCUAAUACAUUGUCUAGCUAGGAUAUAAACCAUUUUGUUAAUAAUUUUACGUUUCUGCGUUUCAUUAUGACGUCACAAGUUGAACUCAUAUUGAUUUUUCACAAAAAAAUCCAUGAAAAUGGGUAAAUUUCCCUAGAAUAUUGGACAGGAAACAUAGAGCGCAUAUGUCGACAACAAAGAUAGUUUAAAAUAAUGUUUGUGAAGACAUUUCACAUGUCUUAUUUGAAUCUUAUGCUUGUCGACGCCUGCGCUUUAUGUUUCCUGGUCCUUUAUUUAGUUGAAAUCUAGCUGAUUUUGUCAGAUUUCACCAAAAUCCCUAAUCUUGACCUUUUUUGGAUGUAAUAAUCCACGUGUUAGAAUUAAACUUUGACAAAAACAGUUCUGUUUAACUUUCUAGCAUGCCUUUAAGGCAACUUAAGACAUUUAUUGUCUUGUAACUAUGAACUUUAAAAUUGGGGCCAAAUAUAGCCCUUACCGAACUUACUCCUUUGUUUGCAUUUGAUAAAUGCUGCAUGUAUAUGUUUAAUGUUGAAAAAAGGAGAUAUUCUGGUACAGACAUAAUUGAUA